ACGAGGGAGGGAGAGAGGGAGAGGGAGAGAGAGAGAGAGAGAGAGAGGCCAUGUCGGCGGCGGCGCAGCAGCAGAGGGCCGCGGCGGAGCAGGAGGAGGAGGUGGGGCACGGGCCCUUCCCCAUCGAGCAGCUCCAGGCAUCUGGUAUAGCUGCACUGGAUGUGAAAAAGCUCAAAGAUUCUGGUCUCCAUACUGUGGAGGCUGUGGCUUACACUCCAAGGAAAGAUCUUCUGCAAAUAAAAGGAAUAAGUGAAGCUAAAGUUGACAAGAUAGUUGAAGCAGCAUCGAAGAUAGUUCCACUGGGGUUUACAAGUGCCAGCCAACUUCAUGCACAGCGACUGGAGAUUAUUCAAGUUACAACUGGAUCAAGAGAGCUUGACAAGAUCUUGGAGGGGGGGAUAGAAACAGGAUCUAUCACAGAGAUAUAUGGUGAGUUCCGCUCUGGAAAGACUCAGUUGUGUCACACCCUUUGUGUUACGUGUCAGCUUCCAUUGGACCAAGGUGGUGGUGAAGGAAAGGCUCUAUACAUUGAUGCAGAGGGUACUUUCAGACCACAAAGGCUCUUGCAGAUUGCUGACAGGUUUGGACUGAAUGGCGCUGAUGUGUUAGAGAAUGUGGCUUAUGCCAGAGCUUAUAAUACAGAUCAUCAAUCCAGACUUCUGCUGGAGGCAGCUUCUAUGAUGAUAGAAACCAGGUUUGCUCUCAUGGUUGUAGACAGUGCCACAGCUCUGUACAGAACUGAUUUCUCAGGAAGAGGGGAGCUAUCAGCAAGGCAAAUGCAUAUGGCUAAGUUCUUAAGGAGCCUUCAGAAGUUAGCUGAUGAGUUUGGAGUAGCUGUGGUUAUCACCAAUCAAGUAGUAGCACAAGUGGAUGGCUCUGCUAUGUUUGCCGGACCGCAGAUCAAGCCCAUUGGUGGAAACAUCAUGGCUCAUGCUUCCACAACAAGGCUUGCUCUUCGCAAGGGAAGAGGGGAGGAGCGAAUCUGUAAAGUAAUCAGCUCUCCCUGCCUGGCUGAGGCGGAAGCGAGGUUUCAGAUAGCUUCUGAAGGUGUCGCAGACGUCAAGGAUUGAGACCAAUUGACCACCUAUCUCAGCUUACUGCAGGGUACAGCACUUGAUCUCCAUUGCUGGCCUGCUGCUUGCUUUGUCAACGCUGGGUCAACUGCUGUGUUGCCCCUCCUCGAUGUACAGAGCACUUGCUUUCCCAUGUGGGAAUGCAUACCUGCUGUGACGUUGAGUGUCACUGUUGUACAAAAACGAUGAAUGUACUGUACUGCAUUGCUAAUGCAUGUAAUAUGACAUCUGCAACGGAUAUUGAAUCGAUUCUAGUUUGUCCUG